UGACAGUUCUAAUGUAUCAGUGGUCAUCUUAUUUUUUAUAUCUCCUUGCAUUUUGAUACAAAAUAUUAGUAAUUCGUGAAGUGGUAUUACGUGAACAAGAUGAAAAUACGAGCCCACGCACUUCGAGAACGGUGGAAUGCGGUCCGCUAGCAUCGUGUGACAUGACGACGCGCAGCAGCGCGGGCGCGUUCCGGGCGCGCCGCGGGCACAAGGAGCGCUCCAAGAACUUCACAGAGCUGGAGAAGCGCACCGUGCUCGAGCUGAUAGCGCGGCACCGCGACGUGCUGCGCCAGGGCCGCUCCAACAACGCCACCAACCGCAGCAAACAGCUAGUGUGGUCGACGAUCUGCGAGGAGGUGAAUAAGCGGUGCGGCGGCGAGCGGCCGCGCACGCCGGCGCAGGUCAAGAUGUGGUACGAGAACUACAAGAAGAAGUGCAAGAUGCGCGCCACCGACACUCAGCCGCCGCCCGAGCCGACCGGCCUGCUCGACGGCAUGCUGUGGCAGACCAUACACCCUCUAGACGUUAAAGAUGAGGAAGGAGAAGCCACGACGAGCCUCGAGGGCGCCGCGCACACCGCCAAAGACGACGACUGUCUACCCGUUAACAUGUCGAACGGGCGGCUAUCGAACACGAACGACAGCGACGAGGCGGCGGGCAACGUCCUGGAGCCGCACGUGAGCAUCGUGCCGCACUCCCCCUCCCCCCCGCUGCCGCGCGCCACGCCCCCCGCGCCGCCCGCCGCCCCGCCGCCCCACGCCCCCCGCCUCAACCCCCUCGCCCACCUGCCGCUCCUCGCCAACCCGCUGCAGGCCAUCGAGCAGGCGCGCCUGCAGCACACCUUCCUGCAGAAGCUCAACGAGAUGUCCAACGCGCCCCUCAACCUCAGCCACCUGGACGACGAGCGGCGCGCCGGCCGCGACCGCGACGACCGCAGCCGCGACCGCGACGACGCCCGCCCCGAGUGCGCCUCCGCCACCGAGGAGGAGCGCCUCUACUUCAGCGCCAAGCGCCAGCACGCCGUGUGGGAGCACGAAGCCAAGAUGAAGAUCCUCGACAUGGAGCUGCGCCAGAAGGAGGAGAUAUUCUCGCUGCAGAAGCAGCUGUUCCUCAUCGAGCUGCGACUGAAGAUGGACUUCCUGGAGAAGGCCGGCGCCAAAUGACCCGGCGGAGGGGCGGCGCGCGCGCGGCGGCGAACCAACCCGAGCGGAGGGAGGCGGCGACGCCCGGCCGGCUGACCCGGCCCGGCCCGACCUCGACAGUGAGCGUAGUCACACGACGUGCCAUCGUAUUCUAGUUACCGGUUUAUUUUAUUUUUUAUUGCGAGGGGGUCGCUGAGCUGUGAGGCCCCCGGCGCGAUGAUUCCGUACGCGAGUACGCGAUACCGCCAUAUUCGCGCCGGGGGCGGGUUACGAAAUGUGAUUGUAAGAAUAGUUAUUUUUGUAAAGUUAUUUUAAAAAUAUUAUUUUUUAUGUUUUUUUUUAGUAACUAGAGGGCGCAUAAAAUGCGCCUGACGAUCCGUGCGGCCGGAAUUAUUUUUGUAGUAUUAUGUUUUGUGGCAGCUGACGUACGCGACACCCGACUGCCAGACAUACGCAUAAUGUUUUACUAUUAUUUAGUACUUAGUGCCUCUAUAGGGGCGGCCCUAUUUUUUUUCAUCGUAGAGUAGAUCCAUUCUAGUUGUCUGCCAAAUGGUUUAUGAAACCGUUCAAUCGUAGUUUUACAUGUGGAGUGGUUACACUUCCUACGAUUAGUCUAUGAAUCACGUGCAAGGAAAAAAUAUUAUUUAGUUUAUAGUGGUGCGUUUGAUUUAUAUAUCAGUGGAUAUAGGUAUUCGUAACGCACGCGUCUCGCGGUACUCUAGUGCCGCUGAGGUGAUAUAACGUCGGUCGGUGCAUCCGGGAUGUGUUGUUUUUUCUACGAGAGUUUCACGGACAAUAACUGUAACCGCUCCACGGCGGAGAUGUGCCAACGAGUACCGUUGUUAAUUUUGAUAUAGUUGUUACAUUUGUAAGUCAUUAGACAAAUUUUAAAGCAGUAUAUAGAGUAAGUACGAGUAGAGAAGGAAACGAGUACAAACACGUAGAACAAGAAAUUACCUCAGCCGACAGUGUAUUUUGUAUAUAAUUAGGUUAACAGUUUUAGAAACGUUUUACAAGCGAGUGGCGGUGCCGCGGUGUUAAUACUCCUACACGACUGUAUUUUAUAAGGACGAUUUAUUGAAAUGUAAUUUUCUAAGAUCUCAGGGAGUCGAUUCUGUUGCGACGCAGCGGUGACCUUUACAUUUUAUUUUAAUGACAGUGCAUGUUUUGAAAAUCGUAAUAAAAUAACUCGUGUAUAUGAAUUAAUAUUUUCUUUUUAACUAAAAAAUAUGACAUAUUUUGAUAAAUUUACACUUGAAAAACUAAAUGUUUUAUUGUUGCGUUGCCGCUGCUGCCGUGCAGAGUCGCGCUGUAGAAUUAUCGCAGCGACUAAUGUAGGUACUGACCGUACUAUUAGUCUUCGAUCCUAUGUUAAUCUGAUACAAUUGGAUAUUAUUGACAUGAAUAAAGAAUUUAUUUUCUGUUC